AUGGAUGUAGGAGAGGGAGGGGGUUCGGCCGAGAGUGAAUGGGAGAGGAGAGAAAGAUUGAAGGUGCGAGUAUUACGUUUGUGGAAGCAAGCGUAUCAGAUUGACAUGAUUUUGAUGGACGAAAAGGGUGAUAAGAUUCAGGCCACCGUAAAGAAGGUGUUGAUGUGUGUGUUUGAAAACCAGCUUGAGGAGGGUAGUGUGGUGCUUCUCAGCAAGUUUGGUGUUGGUGAGAUGAAUGACAAGUUUCCUUUUGUUGACCUACAUGAGAUUAUAAAUCGUGAGGUUGAAGUUGAAUCAACAGCGGAUGUGAUCGGUUAUGUUGUAUCUACUACCGAUAUGGAAGUUUUUAAUCGUUCUGGAAAGGAAAGCAAGAGGAUAAGUUUUGAGAUUGUUAACUUUACGUAUGAAGUUGCAUACCUUUUAGUGGAGACACCAUUGGUUGCACUUUGUGGGAUAAUUUUGCACAACAAUUUUCCACUUUUAUUCAAGGUUAUUCAUGUGAUGCCGUUGUCAUUGCAGCCAAAUAUUCAAAAUGCAUUUUUUGGUAGUCGUUUGUUUAUCAAUGAUGAUAUUGAGGAAAUUACAAGUUUCAGGAAUAGGCUUAUUGAAGGUGGCCAAGUUGAAGGAUCUUCACAGAUUACACCAGCUUCGUUGUCCAGUCAAACUGUUUACUCUUCUGGUGAAGAAUUCCUGAAGAAGUACGAGAGAAAGUUUGUCGAAGAGAUUUGGGAUGUCGGCGUUGAAUAUGUCUUUGUUGUUCUUGGUACUAUAAGGUCCGUUGAGGAAGAUUUUGGAUGGUUUUAUGUUGGGUGUUCCAAGUGUAGCAAGAAGGUGAUUCCUGCUUCUGAUCAUGCUGGUGGCCUUGAUGAUAUAGAUGCAGAUGACGCUGCAUCUGAUGUUGGUGUACUUUACUGUCCUAAGUGUAAAAUCCGUUCUCUAACAACUAUCCUUAGGCACCCUUAUUCUGAUAUUAUAUACAAGAUACGUGUGAGGGUUCAAGAUGCAACUGGCACUAUAUCUUUUGUUAUGUUUGACAAGGAUGUUUCCAAAGUUAUAGGGAGGUCUGCUCGUGAUAUACAUGAUCAACAGCUUAGGGAUGUGGAAGAUGUCAAUUCUGAACCCGCAUCUGGAUCCUUUACGUGUUUCAAGGAGGCCUUUUCUUUUACCAAAGACUCGGAAGUCCCAAUUGAUGCUGCCAAUGAUGAUGCCACAAGUCCUCAAGCUGCUAAACGUUCAAGUGAUGUUUCAAAAGAUGAAAACGGAAACUCUUCUUCAACAAAACGAAGGCUUCUGAAUGUCAAAGUCGAGAAGUGA